AUGACAGACCUCGAUUCGCGUCCAGACCGGCGGACGAUUGAGUCCAUAUGUACUAUUGCCGGCGCCAAAGUUCCCACUGUUCCCCCUAUUCCGCCUGAUUCUGUGCCCAAUCUUGAGUCUAUCCGGAAGAUCUAUGACAUUGCCUUCGCCCCCGGUCUCGACAAAGUCUUGGAGUCUGGUUCCUCUAAAUGGUUUGCAAAAGAAGGCUUCCAACUAUUAUGUGCCGAUCGGGUUCAACUCGGAAACGUCCUCGCGUAUCUAACAUUGGUUAGUAACCAUACAGACACGUCCAAUUCUGAUAUUGCCACGUUAGCAAGUCAGGAAGCCCGGGUGACCUGGGCAUUGCUUGAACUCUGUGUGAGACCUGAGGAUUCAAGCGGAGAGGAAACCGAUAAGCUAGCACGGAGAUGCCGAGCGUUGGGGGCACUUCUGACUGGUCAACCAUUCAGCAGUCCUACAACAUCACUUGCCGAUUUCGUGCAUCAAUAUGAAGCCGACCCCGAACCGAAAACGAGAGCCUUUGAAAAGCAAGCCAUGAAGAGAUCCGAUGACUUUUGGAAGUUGGUUGAAACGGCGGCAGCAAACCAACACCCCAACGGACACGGUGUGCCUUCAGCUAUCUUGAGUCAAAUCCGACCACUAUUGGACAGCCAAGAGAAUCGAGACACCAUUUACAGCAUCAUGUUGUUAGGCUCCCGUGCAGCUGGACACAGCGAACUCUCUUCAGAGCGGGAUUUGGCCAAGAGAUAUCUGGAAACGCAGGCCAGCGGACGUGCUACGAACCAGGUGUUUGUCACUAUUUCUGGCAUGGCGUUGAGGGCGUUCGCAGAAUGA